AUGGGUGCAGCACCUUCAAAAGUGAUUGAUAACCUUCUGGAAGAUACUAACUUCGACAGAGAUGAGAUUGAAAGAUUGAGGAAGCGGUUUAUGAAACUGGAUAGGGACAGUUCGGGAUCGAUUGAUAAGGAUGAAUUCAUGAUGAUUCCCGGUGUUUCCGCUAACCCACUUGCGAGUCGGAUAAUGGAAGUGUUUGAUGCAGAUAACAGUGGGGGUGUCGAUUUCCAAGAAUUUAUUUCAGGUCUAUCUAUCUUCAGUGGACGUGGUGGUAAAGAUGAGAAGUUGAAGUUUGCCUUCAAAAUCUACGAUAUCGAUAAAGAUGGUUACAUCUCUAAUGGUGAACUUUUCAUCGUUUUAAAGGUUAUGGUUGGUAACAAUUUAGACGAUGAACAGUUGCAACAAAUUGUAGAUAGAACUGUCAUGGAGAAUGAUAUUGACGGUGAUGGUCUCUUGUCGUUUGAAGAGUUUAAGAGCGCCAUCGAAACUACCGAAGUCGCUAAGAGUUUGACAUUACAGUACGACAUAUAG